UCUUUCGACACCGUUGAGAAUAUAUUCUAACCCUUUCCCUCAAUCAUCAAUAAUUCAUUCAAUAUAUCCUCUUUCUUCUGCUCUUCCUCUGCUUCUUCUUUAUUCGUCUCUGCAUUCUCCGUGUGUCCAAGUUCUUCCCCCCACCCUCCCCGCCGCACGCUUCUCCUUCCUCAGGUUCUGAUCUGAAGUUGGAAGUUAAGAUUUAAGUGAUGGCAUCAAAACGGAUAUUGAAGGAGCUCAAGGAUUUGCAGAAGGAUCCUCCCACAUCGUGUAGUGCUGGUCCAGUGGCUGAAGAUAUGUUCCAUUGGCAAGCAACUAUUAUGGGACCUGCUGAUAGUCCUUACGCAGGUGGUGUUUUUUUAGUUUCUAUUCACUUUCCCCCGGAUUACCCAUUUAAGCCCCCAAAGGUUGCAUUUAGGACUAAGGUUUUCCACCCAAAUAUUAACAGCAAUGGAAGUAUAUGUCUGGACAUUCUUAAAGAGCAGUGGAGUCCAGCACUAACCAUAUCAAAGGUCCUACUUUCCAUCUGUUCCUUGUUGACGGAUCCAAACCCUGAUGACCCCUUGGUGCCCGAGAUUGCUCACAUGUACAAGACUGACAGGGCUAAGUACGAGGCCACUGCUCGCAGCUGGACUCAGAAGUAUGCCAUGGGAUAGUGUUGAAGCAGGACCUGGCAUGCCUGAAAAACUUUGUAACCUUUCAAGUGUUUUUCAUUGUGCUUGGUUGAAAAAUAAAAUUGAUGUCAAGAAACUGAAUUAAUUCAUCCUUAAAUGAGGUUGGCAAGCAACGUAAUUUUCUGUAAUGUGAAUAUUGAUUUGGAGGCUAUAUUAGAAAUGGAAGAAAUUGUAAUGUAAUGAUAUUCCCUUCUUGUUGUCAAGUGGAUAAUAUGGCAGUCUGAUUUGUUCCAUUUCCC